UUUUAGUACACUUUUGAGACACUUCACAGGUCCAAAUGUUCUGCAUUAUGUGAACUUUUGCUAUUGAUAAUGGAGCUGGAGUGUUUUUUAUAUUGAGGCAUUGCUACUCACUUAAGUUACAUUAUCUGAAUAGUUGAACCGCCGCUGUUCCAGUGAGUGAUGGAGGGGGGAAAGCGCACGUGCGCUGGCACGUGUUAGGGACGUCGCUGCUGUCACUGUCUGUCUGACAUCAGCUCACGAAGGGUCACAACAUCUCUUUUGAACUUAUUUUUGGAUAGACCUUCCUUGACAACCGACCUUAAGUAUAUAUUUCGCAACAGGCCGGAUAAGAAAAUGUGGACAGUCCGUUUGUUCGUUUGUAUCAACCCUGGGAAUGAACCGUGGGCUACAACACUGGCAAUUGCUAAUCAACACGUUAAUUGCCCCUAAGCUGGCAACAGCUGUGCCGCUCCCAAAACAAUACACUCUUUUCCUACAUGGCCCUGCCCGACCACCCAAGGGUACGCAUCCAGAACAUAACGGAGGCAAGGUGCCCCGCUAUGAAUUCCGAGCUCAUUAUGCAACUCCAGUAUAAAAACACACCGUCAGAGUCACGUCAUGCACCCAGAGAGCGAGGAGUCAGUCGGACAGACGGGCGCAGCAUCGGAACUCACUGUCCCCCUUUUAGGCGUCGAGACGAGCGGAGAGCAAGCAGGAAACAGGGGCAGUCCUGUUUCUCACUUAUUGAGUCAGGACAUUUAAGAAGAGUUUUUCCCCUCUAUUUAGAAAUGGACUUCAUCCUGCCACCCACUCUUCCAGCUGGUGGUAUUCCAUGGCAGAAGGUGUUACCGCCUCUUAUUCCUCGGCUGAAUGGGACUUACGGACAAUAUAAUUGGUCCCCGAAUUUACUGAUUCCAGAGACGGAUAAUAGCAGCUCUGCAGAGGUGAACUGUGAUGACAGUGGUUUUACAAUUCAAGUCGAUGUAAAGCACUUCAACCCAGAAGACCUCAUUGUCAAAGUGAUCAGAGACUUUGUGGAAGUGCAAGGAAAGCAUGAAGAAAAAAAGGAUGGUCCAGGGGUUACAACACGGCAGUUUAACCGCCGCUACCGAAUCCCAAAGGGAGUGGACACCAUGGCUUUGGAGUCAGCGGUCUCUCCAGACGGCAUCCUUAUCAUAUCUGCACCGAUGCUGCAAACAGAGGACUCCAGAAUCCUGACCUAAUCGCAUUAUAACCAACCACUCAAAUCUCUGCCAUCUUCACCACAUAUGAAAACAAGUGCAACAGAAGCCUUUAAGAAAACACAUACCGAAAUAAUGUCAGGUCCCUUCAGUCACAGCAACAGGCAGCUUGUGCCAAACCACCCAUUUGUUCUGUUCCAGGCACUGUGUUAAUAUUCCCCGCGCUCUGAGGUUUGUAUAUACUGCUCUUCUAUUACUCGUCGAUCUUACAUGAUGUCUCAAGGAACCAGUCUCUGUAAAUACUCUGCGUUCGAAAGUUCAAGCUGCUGUUUUUUUGUGUGCAACUUUUGUAAAAUGCAUUGAUGUAAUUGUGAUUAAUGAUGCACGCAAACAUAUCGCCAAACUCUUUAAUGUGGAAAUACUUCUUCAAAAAUUCAACUUUAUUUCUUUAUAAAAUAAAAAAGUGACUACAAGUG